CCACAGCCCGCCCCCGCCUCUGCGCGCCAUUCCUCGCCCUCCGCCCGCGGCGCAUCCAGCCAGCGCGUCUCGCCAUGGCCGUCCCCGGGCCGCGACCCGCCAAGGGCUACCGGGUGGUGCUGCUCGGCAGCGUGGCGGUGGGCAAGACAGCGCUGGCCACGCAGUUCGCCUGCGGCAGCUUCCCCGAGCAGUGCGAGCCGUCGGUGGAGGAGCUGUUCAGCAAGGUGAUCGAGGUGAACGCGGCGCCCGCGCUGCUGGAGAUCGUGGACACGGUGGGCGCCGAGCACCUGGUCACCCUCAAGGACCUCUACAUCAAGAACAGCGACGGCUUCGUGGUGCUCUACAGCGUGUGCAGCGAGGCCUCGUUCGAGGCCGUGCGGCCGCUGCGGGAGCGCAUGGGCCGGCUGAGGGGCCCCAAGGCCGUGCCGCUGGUGCUGGUGGGCACCAAGGCCGACCUGGACGCCGAGCGCCAGGUGCUGACGGCGCGGGGCCGCGCGCUGGCCCGCGAGUGGCGGUGCCCGUUCCUGGAGGUGACGGCCAAGAGCAAACUGAUGGUGGACCAGGUGUUCACGCAGGUGGUGCGCGAGAUGGAGGCCCUGGCCCCGCCCGAGGAAGAGGUCCGGGCGGUGCCCACAAAUGCCCAGGAUACGUGGCCAUCGGAAAGAUUCAUUGGCUAAUAUGCAAAGGUUCGUUUUUAACGUGUUCAUCGCUCUUCGUGAUUUCCGAAGCUCAGUAUUCCUACUCUGCCUUUUAAAAGAAAGUUAGUUACCCAGCCUUAGAGAAGUGGUUACUGGUACAUACUAACUUAAGCCAGUGCUUCCAACUGCCUGCAGAGCUACUGAAAUCUUUGGUGAAAACUUUGCAGCUCUGUGUUCCUCAGACAGUGCCAUAAGAAGAAACCAAAAAUCGAAUAUUUUCACCUUGUAUGGAGAGAGUACUACCCUUUGCUUCACGUGGAAUUUGUUACAGGGUUUUUAAAAACAACAAUGGACACCUUCAAAUGUCAUCGGACAUUUGAAAUUGAUUGAGGGACAUGAACGAAAGAGUUUAAGCUUUCUAGUCAAUGAGGUUUUCACGUGUUUCCCUAUCAUUCACAGCCUGGAAUCGGGGCAGUAAUAUUUUCCUCUCUGCGUAUUUCUAAAUAUAGUUAUGACAUACAUAGCAUUGCUUUGAAAGGGGUAUUGUAUACCCGGGAGGGCAAAGCAACUGUGUCCUCACAGAGCGAGCUCAGCUCUGCCUUCAGUUUUCUAACUGACAUCCAGUUGAUUUCGGCCUUUGUAAACUGAGUGAAAAUAAAAUGACUUUAGAAGUUG